AUGGCCACUAGCAGUAUAGAGUUGAAAGAAACUAAGCUAUCCUUGUAUUUCCAGGAUUUCUCUGCCGGUCCAAAUACCUCAGCAGUACCAAUUGCAGGUAUUGCAGGCAAGCUAUGGAGGUUCGAUCAGUUUGGAACAGCUAUUGUCACGGAUGACCGGCUAACUGUAGCCCCGAGUCCGAAAUCAGCAACGGUGGGCCGAGGCCAAGGCUUGGCUGUAACAUCAUCACUAGAUGGACGCAAUGCCCAUGUCUUGUUAUCGAUUGUGUUCACCAACAAGAGGUACGAUGGCAACACUCUAGAGAUACAAGGAACUAGUAGGCAAUUCGAGGCGGUUAGAGAGGUUUCGGUCGUAUCAGGCACCGGGAAGUUUCGGUUCGCUAGAGGAUAUGCUACAUUCGAAACUUAUUCUGUGGACCCUACAAAUGUAUACUCAGUUAUACGAUUCAAUAUUACUGUGCAACACAAGUAG